UAUAUUACAAAGUUAAGGUCAGGUCAAACUUGUCAACAGUCACAGCUUAAGCAUGAGCAACACCUAAGAAAAGCAUGAGCAACCAAUUCACUCUGCAAAUGUAAAACCCCGAACAAUCUCAUUCUCAUCUGAUUCCCCCUCCUAACUUCCACCAGAAAAACAAUGCAGGACCAAAAACCACCGGAUUCCCUCCUAAACUAGCUUCGAAUUCUCACUACUUAAACCCCUGAGAUGCCACAGGAACCAUCCCCUGGUAAAAAAACCAAGAAACCAACACCUCCUGCAGCUCUGGAGAUCAUCAUGGACAUCAAGAAGAGAUGGUCACCACCAGUGCCUUGUCUUGUGCUCCUCCUGCUCGUCGUCGUCAUUGCAGCAGACAGCCGCGCCGCGGCGCAGGUGUUCUGCCGCUCACAGUUCAACCUAGCCAACGAGGCCUGCAGCCUGCGCCCCUUCUCCGGGCCCAACCCGGCGCAGCCGCUGCAGCUGCACAGCAACGGUUCGUCGGCGUCCUACCAGACGCAGGCGGACCACCACGAGCACGAGCAUGAGCACAGCCACGAGCACGAGCACGAGCAUGAGCACAGCCACGAGCACGAGCACAGCCACGAGCACGAGCGCGAGCACACACACAGCCGGCGGCAUGGCUUCGGGCACGGCGGCCGCGACCCCUACGACACCGCCUGCUGCCGCCGCCUCAUGGGCAUCGACAACGCCUGCAUCUGCCAGGCCAUGUCCUUCCUCCCCGUCUUCAUGAGCAAGGUCAAGCACGCCAUCAAGCUCAGCCCCGUCCCGGGCUGCGACGUCUCCUUCGAGUGCGGCGCCGUCUACUGAACUCACGCCGGCGACCUUCAGCCUAGGAGUCAUUUUUCAGUUUUUGCUGCCCAAAACUUUUGAAAGAAAAAUAAACUGUUGGGUACACUACAUGGAAAAUCAUAUACGCUUCUUCAGCCUUUUUUUUUUUGAAUUAGAAUUUUCUUAGCGUUACGUAUAUGUAGCUCCUACACUACACAUAUUGCAUGGGGAACAAAUCAUGCAUAAUAUUUUUUCAGCAGUGGUUUUGGAGCUUCAAUUAUAUUCAGAAGAAUGUGGAUCUCUAUCUUGAAUAUUGAAGAGCAAUGU